GUUCAGGGAACAUCACACCACCCCCGCAUCGGGCGUGGGGACGGAUUGGGGACCCGGGGCGGAGGCAAAGGGGGCAAAUAUAGUCUUAGCGCCUUCUUGCGAUAACUGUUUGUCAGUGUUGGCCGUUAUUCGUCGUUCGGUUGUCGUUCGCGAAAAAGAAGCGUCAUCGUCAUGUCUUCCAACCAGAGCGACUGUCCCAGUUCGGAUGGUCUUGCCGGUGUCUCUCAAUAUGGCUGAUUAUAUAACAUGGGAGAUGGUCUCUUUCAGCAGCCGACAGCGUUAUAGUAUCUUCUUGACCCGCCUUGUCCAGCUCCCCCUCCUUAGUAAACAUACCCAGUGCCCUACCCUCAACAACAUCACAUUUUCGCCAUGAGCAGCACACCUUCCCAACUUGACAAAGAUACAGGUUUAUCAAAGUUUGUCGAGAAUGCGAAUGAGAUUGAGACCAUCGAAGAUACUGGGGUUCCGCCUAUCAAGCCCUCUGGGUUCGGAGGUCAUCUGAUAGAUGAAAAUUUAGUAAAGGUUGAAGGAGAAGAUAAAGUAACACCGUAUUUGUGCUUUUUGAUCUCUGCUUCCGCCAUUGCUGGUUUCCUCUUUGGUUAUGAUACAGGUGUUGUUGGCGUCGCAUUGCCUCUUGUUGGUACCGAUUUAGGAGGAUCCGUACUUUCUUCAUCACAGCAAGAGAUCAUUACCGCAGGAACAACAAUAGGUGCUAUCUUUGGUUCGGCUAUUCUCGGUGGCUGGGGUGACCGCUUGGGACGAAAGGUUGCAAUCUUAAUCGCUGACUUCUUCUUCACUGUUGGUGCUGUACUCAUUGCUGCGAGUUAUUCUGUCCCACAAAUGAUUGUCGGUCGAAUCGUCCUUGGUGUCGGUGUUGGUGGUGCGGCAGCCAUUGCGCCUCUAUUUAUCACAGAAACCGCCCCCACAGCCGUUCGAGGUAGAUGUAUCGGUGUUAAUGCCUUCUUCAUCCCCUUUGGUCAGGUGGUUUCAGAAGCUAUAGGUGCUGGCGUUCAAGACAUGAAGAAUGGCUGGCGUCUUCUCUUCGCCCUUGGCGCUGUUCCAUCUCUCGUACAGCUCGUCCUCUUCCACUACCUCCCGGAGUCACCCCGAAUCCUCAUCCUCCGUGGCCAAACAGACCGUGCUCGACAUGUCUUCAGUAGCAUAUACCCCAACGCAACUCCCGAGAUGAUCGAUUACAAAUUCCGCGUCGCUCAGGAAUAUGUUGCGGCUACCACUGCCCUCCAAUCUGGUACAACUUACUGGCAGCGAGCAAAAACACUGUUUACCAAGGGUUCUUACCGUCGUUCCAUCGUUACUGUUAGUCUCAUUCAGAUGGCUGGCCAGCUUUCCGGUUUCAAUACUCUUCUUUAUUAUGCAGGUACUCUAUUCGGUCUUCUCGGUUUGACCAACCCAGCUCUUGGAGGUCUCAUUCCUGCUGGGACAAACGCGUUCUUCGUUCUCGUCGGUAUGACCUUGGUUGACAAGGUUGGUCGGCGGGGCUUGUUGAUGUUUGGCGUUCCAAUUAUGCUUGCUGGUUUGGUUUGGAACAUUGUAGCAUUCCACUAUCUGUGUAUCCCCACUGGCGGUCUUCUCGAUACAUCGUACACAUACGACACAAAGCUCGUCGGUAUCGUCAUUGGCGGUAUCGUCUUCUUCACCACCGGCUUCGGUCUUACCUACAGUCACUUGGCCUGGUACCAAUCUGAAUUCUUGGCGCUUGAAGUUCGAUCCGUCGGCUCCGGUAUUGCCACUACUGCCAACUGGGUUGCAAACCUCGUCGUAUCUGUAUCAUAUCUCACCGAACUCGAAACUCUCACACCUUCUGGUACCUACGGUCUUUAUCUUGGGUUUAGUGUCGUGUUCUUCAUAUUUGCCAUCUUCUGCUACCCCGAAACAAAACAACUUUCCAUUGACGAAACAUCUCUACUCUUCGAGGAGGAUUGGGGAGUCAAGCGUUCCAGGCAGAUGCGUCGAGAACGUCGGGAAGCUCAACGUCGUCUGGCGGAUUCCGAGAUGACGGAAGUUGUUACCGCCCAUGUCCAAGCACAGAAGCAAAAGGACAGCGCCGUUACUCGAUCAGAGUUGGAUAACUUUAUGGCGAGGUUGAAGAAUGGUGGCAGGAGGCUCUCGGUCCCACAAUAGAUUUGACAUUACGUUCUUACGUGUUGUUUGUUAGUAUAAUACUUACCAUAUCAUGCAUUGCAC